CGUGAUAAAUUAUCUGAUUCGCACCCAAUUUGUCACAAGUUCUACUUACAAGAGUGCGCCUGACUUUUAUGUCUUGUCUCCUAUGUAUGAGAAGUUCUUGAUGGAUAAUUACUUAUCGGGUUUAACUAAUGUUAGCUGGUUAGUAACAGAUGUUCAACCCGUUAACCGAUUAAUUGAUUAAGGUCAACAACCCAAAAUGGAAAGUGGCUCUUUAGUCUUUAAUUAGUGGAAUGCCUAAUUUGUAUGAUAUAAUUUUUUUGGGUCUUAAUGUAUGAUAUAAAUUGAUAAUUUACAUAAUGUUGUAAACUUGUAAUAAUAAAUCACUAAAGGAAAGUCGCGGCAAUUAAUUCCAAUUUUUUUGUUCUUAAUUUUGAUUACACGCCAAAUCACCAACCAGCCAAUCACCAACGUCCACCUCUUUUCCGUACUUAAUACUUUUCCCACGACGGGAGUAGGAGGGCGACAGCGACGCCGUUUCCCAAUGCGCGUGUUUCCCACGGUUCAGAUCGCGAGUGGAGUAGCGCCUACUGCCUCUGGGCCGGCAUCUCCCGCGGACCCGGGUCAUUCUCGGGUCGCGACUCCGUGUGUCUCAGCCUCCGUCCUAUUUUCUUCUUACAAUCCAGCCCUUCUUUUUAGAGAGAGAAAACAAAGCAGCAAAGAGAGGAGAGCGAGCGGGCGAGAAUCUAGAGCGAGAAAACGAGAGUGAAGUCUCAGCAGGCUCUAAGCUGAUCCUUUCCCCAAACCACAGAUCGAUCAUGGCGGCCACCAGUGAACGAGACAGCUGCGUCUACACAGCGAAGCUCGCUGAGCAAGCUGAGCGCUACGAAGGUACGCUGAUUGAUUCUUCUCCCUUCUCGUUCCAUCUUUUCUCUCUCAACUCGUCCGUAUUCCUGUUUGGUUGCUGAUAAAAAUUCGAGGAAGUGGAAGUAUGACGACUGGAUAGUACUGGAUAUUUUGAUUCCGCGUCGGGAUCGUUUCGUUGUUCUGUACUCCCGUUCUUGUAGGACUGAGAUUUAGAGGAAAUGAAGUAGCAGUAUGAUUCUUGAGUUCUUCCUCGAGAUUCUUGACCACUUUGUUACCUUUCGUUCGUACAGUCUGAAUAAUGCUGGAUCGCUUCUCUUUCUGAUCGUAUAGCUCUUUAGAUAUGGUAGUUAUCGUGAAUGAGCGAUUGUUCACUUCGGUAUGAUUGCAUAUGGAGGAAUCGGGUGAACUAAUAAGGCGUUUGACAAGAAGUGACUCCGUUCGAUUUUUAUUGUCCUGAUUCGUUGUUAAAAGUUUGGGCAAUCGAAUUAGGCAUUGAACCUAGGGUUUUGACUUUCUAACGAGUACUGUUUUUGUGUCUGCUCUUGAUCUCUGUAGAAAUGGUGGACGCUAUGAAGAAAUUGGCCUCUCUGAACGUAGAGCUGACUGUUGAGGAGAGGAACCUACUCUCCGUUGGAUACAAGAAUGUGAUUGGUGCUAGGAGAGCAUCGUGGAGGAUACUGUCGUCCAUUGAACAAAAGGAGGAAGGGAAAGGGAAUGAGCAGAAUGUGAAGCGGAUCAAAGGGUACAGGCAGAAGGUGGAGUCUGAGCUGUCUGACAUUUGUACCGAUGUGAUGACUGUGAUUGAUGAACAUCUGAUUCCUUCUUGCUCUGGUGCAGAAUCAACUGUCUUUUUCUACAAGAUGUGAGUUUCCUUUUAAAUCCGCCUGGGAUGUUUUUUCCAUUCGUUGAUCAUCAAAGGCUUCUUUCUCUUGUCUGAAAAUUAAGUGUUACUUCUUUGCGUGGUUGAAUAUAAUGUUCACUUGUUC